CGUGAGUAGCUUCUGCCAAUAUCGUGUGUAUCAUGGAUGAACGCAGUGCUGAUGCCGCCGCCUCCUCCAGCGUCCACCACCCUUUUGCCGGCCGACGCUCUGCGCCCUCUGGUGGAGCAUCGGAAGCCCCGUACAGGAAGUAAACGCAGCCCGGCGCCGUAGCACGCACACACAAGGAAUCAAAGAACCAAAUCAAGUAGCAAGAGAACCGAGUCGCCAUGGCACCGCACGCGGACCAAGACGUCGGCCAGGCGAGGGGUGGUGCAGGAGACGGACGCAGCCGCAGCCAGGAGGAGCUGUUCCUCGUCGACUCGCCCAAUGUCGAGUACACCGACACUGAGAUCAAGAGCAAGUACACGUACCGCACGACGUCGAUCGCGCGCAAUGCCGACGGCCGCAUGGUCGCCACCCCGCGCGCCACCGAGUACGACUUCAAGGUCGAGCGCAAGGUGCCGCGCGUGGGUAUGAUGCUUGUCGGUUGGGGCGGCAACAACGGCACCACCGUCACCGCGGGCAUUAUUGCCAACCGCCGCGGCCUGGAGUGGGAGACGCGCGAGGGCAAGCGCGGCUCCAAUUACUAUGGCUCCAUGAUCAUGGCCUCGACCAUCAAGCUGGGCACCGAUGCCGCCACUGGCAACGAGGUCAACAUCCCCUUCCACCAGCUGCUGCCUAUGGUGCACCCUGACGACCUGGUCGUUGGCGGCUGGGACAUCAGCAAGAUGAACCUUGCCGAUGCCAUGGACCGCGCGCAGGUCCUGGAGCCCACCCUCAAGGGCUUGGUGCGCAAGGAGAUGGCGGCCAUGACUCCCAUGCCUUCCAUCUACUACCCCGACUUCAUUGCCGCGAACCAGGAGGGCCGCGCCGACAAUGUGCUCCCUGGCUCCAAGGCCAGCAUGGCCCACGUCGAGCAGCUGCGCAAGGACAUUCGCGACUUCAAGGCCGCGAACAACCUCGACAAGGUCAUCGUGCAGUGGACCGCCAACACGGAGCGCUACGCCGACCUCGUGCCAGGCAUCAACGACACGGCGGACAACCUGCUCAAGGCCAUUGAGGCGGGGCACGCAGAGGUGUCGCCAUCGACCGUCUUUGCGGUUGCGUGUAUCCUCGAGGGCGCGCCGUUCAUCAACGGGUCUCCCCAGAACACGUUUGUGCCGGGAGCGGUGCAGCUGGCCGAACGUCACAACGCCUUCAUCGGCGGUGACGACUUCAAGUCUGGCCAGACGAAGAUGAAGUCGGCGCUUGUGGACUUCCUCAUCAACGCGGGCAUCAAGCUCACGUCCAUUGCGUCGUACAACCACCUCGGCAACAACGACGGCCGCAACUUGUCCAGCGAGCGCCAGUUCCGCAGCAAGGAGAUCAGCAAGUCCAACGUCGUGGAUGACAUGGUGGCUGCGAACUCGGUGCUGUACAAGGAGGGCGAGCACCCCGACCACACCGUCGUCAUCAAGUACAUGCCGGCGGUUGGCGACAACAAGCGCGCCCUCGACGAGUAUUACGCCGAGAUCUUCAUGGGUGGCCACCAGACCAUCUCCAUCUUCAACGUGUGCGAGGACUCUCUGCUCGCGAGCCCGCUGAUCAUCGAUCUCGUGCUCGUCACUGAGAUGAUGACGCGCAUCCAGUGGCGCGCGAGCGGAAAGGAGGAGUACGCCGGCUUCCACUCUGUGCUCAGCAUCCUGAGCUACAUGCUCAAGGCGCCCCUCACCCCGCCCGGCACGCCCGUCGUCAACGCCCUCGCGAAGCAGCGCACCGCGAUGACGAACAUCUUCCGCGCGUGCGUCGGCCUCGAGCCUGAGUCGGAUAUGACGCUCGAGCACAAGCUGUUCUAGGCUUCUGACUUUAGUGCGUGCUGCUGCUAACAUCGGCGCGUGCUUGGUGGCUGGAUGAGCGCGCACUUCAACAUGCGUGCGAUGUUGUUGUUUUACUUUGAUCCUCACUGUAGUCGCUCUUUAUAAAUAGGUUUGCCAAAUUGCGUGGGUGU